UCGAAGAAUAUGGGAUCCAUGAACUCAAACAACUGGCUAUCUUUUCCUCUUUCUCCCACUCAUUCCUCUUUGCCACUAAAUCUACAUGCAUCCCAGGCUCAGCAGUUUUCUCUAGGGUUAGUGAAUGAUAAUAUGGAAAGCCCAUUCCAAAACCAAGAGUGGAAUUUAAUCAACUCACACGGCAGCAGCGAAGUCCCAAAGAUUGCAGAUUUUCUUGGUGUGAGCAAAUCUGAAAACCAGGCAGAUCUUGAGGCUUUUAAUGAAAUUCAGGCGAAUGAUUCUGAUUACUUUUUCCCAAACAACAGCCUCCUGCCGGUUCCAAACCCCGUAGCAGCAGCAGCAGUAGUAGCCAGUCCCAAUAGCUAUGAGUUUCAAGAAAACAAUAACAAUUUGCAGUCACUGACAUUGUCCAUGGGUAGUGGUAAAGGUUCAACAUGUGAAACCAGUGGCAACAGCAGUACUAGCAUUGUGGAAGCUGCCCCCAGAAGGACAUUGGAUACAUUUGGGCAAAGAACAUCAAUAUACCGGGGUGUAACCAGGCAUAGAUGGACAGGAAGGUAUGAAGCUCACCUUUGGGAUAAUAGUUGUAGAAGGGAAGGACAAUCAAGAAAAGGUCGCCAAGUCUAUUUGGGUGGGUAUGACAAAGAAGAGAAAGCUGCUAGGGCUUAUGAUCUUGCCGCCUUGAAGUACUGGGGAACAUCCACAACUACCAAUUUCCCGAUCAGUAACUAUGAGAGGGAACUGGAGGAGAUGAAGCACAUGACCAGACAAGAAUUUGUGGCCUCCAUUAGAAGGAAGAGUAGUGGGUUUUCUAGAGGUGCAUCAAUGUAUCGUGGAGUUACAAGGCAUCAUCAACAUGGAAGAUGGCAGGCAAGGAUUGGAAGAGUUGCCGGAAACAAAGACCUCUAUUUGGGAACUUUUAGUACUGAGGAGGAAGCUGCAGAAGCCUAUGAUAUUGCAGCAAUAAAGUUCAGAGGCCUUAAUGCAGUGACCAACUUUGACAUGAAUCGAUACGAUGUGAAGAGCAUUCUUGAAAGCAACACUCUUCCGAUAGGUGGGGGAGCGGCCAAGCGGCUAAAGGAGGCUCAAGCAAUUGAAUCAUCGAGAAAACGGGAAGAAAUGAUAGCCCUAGGUUCAAGCUUCCAAUAUGGGAGCUCGAGCUCCAGCAGGUUACAGACAUAUCCUCUAAUGCAGCAGCAGUUUGAGCAACCUCAGCCUUUACUAACAUUACAGAACCAAGAACCAUUACUAACUUUGCAAAACCCUGAAAUUUCUCAGUACCCCCAAGACUCCCAGUUUCACCAAAACUACAUCCAAACUCAGUUGCAGUUGCACCAGCAAUCUGGGUCGUACCUGAACCAUUCAAGCCAAAGUCCUCAGUUCUACAACAGUUACCUCCACAACAACCCGGCUCUUCUUCAUGGGCUGAUGAGUAUGGGCUCUUCUUCAUCUGUCAUGGAGAAUAAUGGGAGUUCUAGUGGGAGUUACAAUGGAGGAUACUUCAAUAAUGGACUUGGGGUUGCUUCGAAUUCUACGGUGGCUAGUGCAGUAGGAUCAGCAGAGGAGCUUCCCCUCAUCAAGGUUGAUUACGAUAUGCCGGCCGCAGGCUAUGGCAGCUGGUCAGGUGACUCAGUUCAGGGACAGAAUGCUGGAGUUUUUACAAUGUGGAAUGACUGAGAUAUUGAAGCAUGGAGGAGGAAAUUAAUCAGCG